AUGAACGGUCGGAUUUUUGCUGCAAUUUUUGUUCCAAUCGCGCUCGUCGCGGUUUUCCUCAUCAUAGUAUUUGUAGUACGAUCAAGGCUCGGGAUCUCCGACGAUUACCACUUGGACGUUGCCGUUGAACAGCUCGACGGAGAACCAAAUCUAGAAGAAUAUGAAAAUUGCGUGUCUUUGCUUCAAAUGGAUAAAUUGAAAAAUAGCAACGGUGUCCGCGACUGUGACGCAAAAGCCCAGGUAUUAUCGCUGAACGAGUUGCACGCAAUUUUUCCUACGCGUCAGUACCAGGAACUUGAAAACGCAAGUGAUAGCUGCGUCAUCUGUCAGGAGAAAUUUAAUCGUUGGAACAAUGUGUGCCAACUGGCGUGUAGUCAUGUCUUUCAUACUCGUUGUAUUGACCAUUGGACUUGCGAAAAUUCCGCUUGUUGCCCCCUAUGUCGAAGAUCUUAUUUCAUGCCGCAAGACCAUCAAUCGAAGACUAAAUAUAUUCAAGCCGUCCUAGGACCAACUUAUUCCCAACUUUCCUCUGCAAAAAAGGCAAACUCCUGGCUUGAGUUGUAUCCUGAUUUAACGCGCGACGCGGAGGCAAGGCUUGGGAGUUUCAAUUCUUCGUUUUGGAAAAUAGUGCGCAAGCUAUGUUUUGUAAGUGACGAAAGUAUAACGUCAGUUACAAUCAUUAACUCGGCACACAGGCGAUAUAAUUUGAUAAACAAAGUGGAAAAUAUAAAACUAGAGCACAUGAGAAACGAACUGCGACAAGCACAGCCAACAAUUUAA